GGAAAUCCGGGGGAUUUCAAGAAAGGAAAUCCGAAAAAAAGCAACGCUUAGUGAGAGUUGAGAGCUUUCUCUCGGGGGAAACAGGCCGCCAUCAACGGUCCUUUUUCCUUUCUCUCACGCCACUGUGAACCGCCGAACACCACCACUACUCCUCCCUUGAGCUAAGACAACGUGUUACUAAUUGCAGUUGAGUACCACCUUGGGAUCUCGAACUUUAACUAAAUACUCUUCAUAGUCGAUUUUGUGUUGUUGGAAGGGUUUGUAAGAGAUCUAAAAAUUGUUGAGAGAAUCCGAGAUAUGUGUGGGGGUCGCCUCACCUAGGCGAACCUCUGGCCAUUUUCUCCUUCCUCAUUCGAGCUGUAUCGUCUUUUCAAGUUACUGGUCACCACCGGCUCUGAUGGGCAGAGUAACUAACCGAAGCUCCAAGCUUAAGGGGACCCCACCUGAGAAGAAAACAUCUUUGAGAAUUCAAGCCAUGAGAGCUAGGGAUGGAGAAACUAGCAGUACUCCUGUUGAUACUCCUACUAAACCCGAGACUGAGAAAGGGGAAGGGGAGGCCGCAGUUUUGGAGGCAGAGGCGAACCACUUCACAAAGGAGGGGGAAGAUAUUACACAAAAAGAAUAUGGCAAUGGAGUGGGGAAUGUAACUAAACCUGCUGGGGCCAUGGAGGUUAAUGAAGUUCAGGAACCUAUUAAGCAAGUGAUUGAACAAGGUGCAAAUGAGGGUACUCACACUGCUAUUGUGACAACCAUGGUUGAACAAAAUAUGGAGCCUAGAGUAGAGGAAGGUUUUAAAUUACCACUGAUUGUGGGGGAGAGUGCAAAACAGCCUCCUAUUAUUCAAGAGGAACCAACUAUUAAGGAGAGUUCUUCUUCUCAUACAAAAGAGGAUGACAGUUUCAAGAAGACCAGUGUUUGGAAGUCACCUUGGACCUCUCUUUUCAAGGAUAAUAGGGAACCAAGCAAGGGCAUGAAAUUGAGGUACAUAGAACCCGUUGGAGACUAUGUUGAUUUAUCUAAAAGGGUAAUGCCCUCUAUUGUGGAUCUAUGGGGGUUUUGUCUGGUGGGAUACUUCGCGGGCAGAUUUCCCGGUUUAAAACCUAUACAUGAACUUGUUGCAAAAUGGGGUGUUCAAUGUAAUGUGAGACAACAUGACCAAGGGUGGGUUCUUUUCAAGUUCAAAAGUGAGGAGGCAAGAAGUAAGGUGCUCAUGGAAGGCCCAUAUUCUCUUUUUGGAAAAUCCCUGUACUUAAAGACCCUUUCAGAAGACUUCUCCUUUACUUGUGAUGAGUUUCUAAGAGUGCCUAUUUGGGUCAAGUUCCCCUACCUUCCUAUGCAAGUGUGGGAUGAAGAAGUCAUAAGUGAAAUUGCCUCUCGCGUGGGUACACCGUUGGCAACAGAUAGAAUUACCCAAGAGAAGGCAAGAUCAAACUUUGCUAGAGUCCUCAUUGAGGUGGAUGCCUCCAAGGCUCCCCCUCUAAAAGUGAAGAUUAAGAUGCCAAAUGCAAAAUUCCACAACCAAAAGGUGAUAUAUGAGACUUUCCCGAACUUUUGCUUCCAUUGCAAGGUGUAUGGACACCAUGCCUUCACUUGCAAGAUCAUUGCCGAGAUGGAGGAAAAAGAAAGAGCAAAGAGAAAGAAAGACAUGGAGGAAGGGGAGUUACAACCUGUACUAAAAGAGCCAAAAGUGAUCCAGACUUUGGAGGAGAAAACAACCGUGGACAAACCUACUGCAGCGGUCCUUCCUGCUGCUGCAGCCCCUGAGCCUACUGCCGAGGUAUCCAGUAAGUACGAUGCAGCAGUGUAUCAAAGAAUGGUAACAAAGGGGGUAGGGGGAUCUAUUGUACCAAAGAGAAGAGAUCAUCACCCUUUUGUGCAAAAGGUUAGGCUGAAUAAAAGGAGACGAACAAAGCAAAAAAAUAAAGAAGAUGGGGAGAUCACCUCCGGAUAUGAGACAAAGGAAGAGGAAGGAGACCCUAGAAGAAUUAAAACGUUUACAGAUGUAUUCAAUGACGAAGUUAUUGUAACUAUGCACACGGAUGAAGUGCUCACACCUACCAUUGAGGUCAAACAUAUGGAUGACGUGAAGGAGCCUACCAUACGGCUUAACCAUCUUCUUAAAGUGGUAGAGACUAAUGAACCCGGAGUAUGGUUUACCAAAGCUUGCUUAGAGAACUUGCCCGGAGUAAAGAAGACAAAGAGAUUUUAUGUAUUCUCGGCCACAUUCAUGAGGUGUGUCUAUAGACACUUCCUUGAUAGGUAUUUUGAGGAUGGGCAUCCUAUGGGCAAUGGAAGCAAAGUUAUGCAUCCUAAGAUGUUAAGCAAGAAGGAAACCCGAGUGGUGGAUGACAUAAGGGAGGCGUACCUUGAUGAUGUCAUAACCAAAGCCGAAUUUGCUGAAGAUGGUUCCUAUAAACUACAUUUGAAGCAUGCGGGCCAUAUAGAUGAGAUGAUGACCAGAGUUGACAAUUACCUAAGCAUUGAUAAUGGCAAAAAGGAUGGCAUCACUUUUACGUCCGCUUGCUUUAACAAACUGCCGGGAGCCACGGAGACGGAGGAAGGGUAUGACUUCUCCCACCUUUUUAUGCUUAAAGUUUAUCCUCUUUUUCUUGAUAGGUACAAAGGAUGUGAGAGCUAUAGAGAAUGGGUGCAACAAGAAAGACAAAGGAACAAGGGGUACAAGAGAGGGAAGGGGUAUAAUAAACAUUCUUAAUGUUUAUAGCCUCUUGGAAUGUGAGGGGGCUGAAUCAAGCCUCAAAACAAAACUCUAUACUUAAUUUUAUUAGGAUUAAUAAGGUACGUGUUUUCUGCCUAUUAGAAACUAAACUGUCUAAGAGUACGUUUGAUAAUUUUAUGCAUUUGAGACUUCCAAAUUGGAUGUCUAUAACGAAUUUUGAUAAAAUAGAUGGGGGGAGAAUGGCCAUCAUUUGGGACUCCUCUUUUGUUGAUGGGAUGACUAUGGAGGUUGAUAAUCAACAUAUUCAUUCCCGAUUCACUUGUAGGACAACCCAACUUAGCUUCUACAUGACUUUUAUUUAUGCAUUAUAUACGGUGGUGGAGAGAAGGGCAUUAUGGCACCAUGUACACGGCUUAGGAACUAAUAUCCUUGCCCCAUGGAUUGUUUUGGGAGAUUUCAACUGUGUUUGUGAUCCGGGUGAAAGAAGAGGGUCUGCCCCCCCCUCGGCCUAUAUCAUGAAAGACUUAAAUGAACUUAGGCUUCAGGCUAAUCUUACGGAUGCCCCAUCUACUGGGGAAUUCUUCACUUGGCAUAGAGGGUCCAUUUGGGCCAAACUGGAUAGGGUGUUGAUUAACCCUAUUUGGAGUGCACAAAGUGUUACAUGUCAAGCUCACUUCUGUGAUAUGGAGCCUGAGUUUGACCAUGUGGCAUCAUUAGUUAGAAUUGGACAGGUAAAAAGUAUGGGGACAAAACCCUUCAAGUUUUUUAAUAUGUGGCUAAAGCAUGAUAAAUUUCAGGAUAUUUUGGAGAAUGUUUGGAUUAGGAAUGUUGUUGGAACAGCUCAGUUUAGACUUGCUCGAAAACUAAAACUAUUAAAACAACCGCUCAAACAACUAAACCAAGAAGAAUUUAGCCAUAUCUCAGCUAGGGCAAAGGCGUCCAAGAAGGAGUAUAAGAGGAUCUUUCACCUUGCCUUAGUAUCCCCUUCGGAUGACAGGUUGAAACAAGAACUUUUUGAUGCAAAAAAGAGGGCCCUCUUCCUGAAGCAAGCCGAGGAAGCCUAUCUCAUGCAGAAGGCUAAGGCUAUUCAUAUAAUUGAAAUGGAUAGAAGUACUAAGUAUUUUCAUUCCAUUGUAAAAAAGAAAAAUGCAAAGAAUUCUAUAGCAUCCAUUACAUUGGAAGAUGGGAGUCUUACCCAAUCUAUGGAUCAAGUUGCGAUGGAAUUUGUGACCUUCUUUAAAGGAUUAUUUGGCACCUAUAUACCUUCGGUUAAUUAUGACCGUAAGGUUAUUACUUCGGGUGUGACCAUAGACCAAACAAAGGCUGAGGACCUUAUUAGUCCUAUGACUGAUAUGGAAAUCAAACAAGCCUUAUUUGACAUUGGAAGUGAUAAGGCUCCCGGUCCGGACGGAUACUCAUCAGCUUUCUUUAAGUCCAAUUGGAGUUUAGUAGGAGAAGACCUAUGUGAGGCAGUUAAAGAGUUCUUUGCCUCGGGGACUAUGCUUAGACAAGUUAACCAUACUGUUGUAGCAUUGAUCCCUAAGACAAAUCACUCUCCCACAGUGGCUGAUUUUAGACCUAUCUCGUGUACUAACGUUACUUACAAGGUCAUAACAAAGAUCUUAGCAUCUCGUUUAGGGCCUCUCCUUCCAACGGUUAUUCACCCUUCACAAGGAGCUUUUGUUGAUGGAAGAUUGAUGGCCGAUAACAUCUUUCUUGCCCAAGAGUUAGUAAAGGGGUAUACCAGGAAGAGAGGUUCACCUAGAUGUAUGAUCAAGGUGGAUCUCAGAAAAGCUUAUGAUACUGUUUCUUGGGAUUUUUUGGAAAAUGUUUUGAGGGAUAUUGGGAUACCCACAAUUUUUGUAAAUUGGAUAAUGGAGUGUGUCACAACAUCAUCUUUCUCUAUCUCCAUCAAUGGUGUCCUACACGGGUGGUUUGAAGGAAAGAGGGGGUUAAGACAAGGGGAUCCUAUGUCUCCAUUGUUGUUUGUGAUUUGUUUGGAGUAUUUCUCUAGGUUGAUGGUUCUUAGGACCUCGGGCCCUAACUUUAACUAUCACCCGCUCUGCUCCCAACUACAGAUCUCACAUCUUGCAUAUGCGGAUGACCUUGUUUUGUUUUCAAAAGGAGAUUGUAAGUCCAUUAAGAUCCUGUCCGAGACGUUGGAAGAAUUUGGAAUGGUAUCAGGACUCUUGGUUAACCACGACAAAUCUAACAUUUUUUUGGGAGGGAACGUGGCGAAUGCAUUGCCACAAAUACUUGAUUUGGUUGAUUUUCAACAAGGGGCAUUUCCGGUUAGAUACUUGGGUAUUCCAUUAGCCCCACUAAAGAUCUCUGUGGCACAAUUCGCCCCUUUGAUUGAUACGGUCACAGAUUAUAUUAAUGCUUGGAAUACUAAAACUCUUUCCUAUGCGGGAAAGUUGGAGUUGAUUAGAGCUGUGAUGCAAGGUGUCCAAUCCUUCUGGUUGGGGAUCUUCCCGGUCCCUAGGACCAUUAUCGACAGAAUUGUUAGCCUUUGUCGUAUUUUCCUUUGGGGGGGAAAAUAUGCCAAGGUGGCUUGGGAUGAUGUUUGUUUACCCAAACAAGAAGGGGGGUUAGGUAUUAAAAAUGCAAGGAUAUGGAAUAACGCUCUUCUCUCUAGGACCCUAUGGAAUAUUCACCAAAAACAGGAUACUCUCUGGGUCAGAUGGGUUCACGGGGUAUACCUCCAUGGGAGGGACGUGUGGACAUUUGUUCCACACAAUAGGGAUUCCCAACUAAUGAAGAGAAUAGCCAUGAUCCGAGACUCCAUUGUCUCCAAAUUCACUACUUUGGAUACGGCUAUUACUUUCCUGCAAAAGAAUGCCCCUAAUGGAAGGCUGGCCACAGGAAAGGUCUAUGAAUUACUUAGAGUUAGAGCCACCCCUCGGGUGUGGAUGUCUUUUAUAUGGAAACCUUUUAUACCCCCAAAGUUCUCAUUCAUCAUGUGGCUUGCCUUGAGAAACAGGCUACCUACAUAUGAUAACUUGGGGUUUCUUGAUGUAAUUAAUAUGUGCUUUUUUUGUAAGGGUGGUCCGGAAACAGUACCACACCUAUUUUUUGGUUGUACUUUUACAGGUCAGGUAUGGGACAUGGUGAGACAAUGGCUUGGGCUAAAAAGACGAAUGACAACACUGUUGAGUGCGGUCAAAUGGAUUAAAGAAGAGCAUAACGGAGCAAAUAUCAAAGCAAAGUCCAUAAGGAUUUCACUGUGCUACACGGUCUAUUGGACAUGGAGAACUAGAAAUGCUAUAUGUUUUGAUGGAGCUAAGGCUAAGGUGGAGGAUAUUGUGUCGCAUAUCAAGUAUAUGGUGUACAAAAUUCUCUAUUCGCUAUACCCAGUCCAUAUGAUUACUUUUUGAAACUUUGGGGCUAUUUAGACCCCGUUUUUUUUGUCAAUAGCUUGAUGGCUGAUUUUUGUGGUGGGUAGCUAACUUAUACGGUUAGUUAUCGAAUAGAGAGGAAGAGGCAUCCUAUAUGAGGACUGGCCUAUUGUUUUUGCUUUUUGUAUAUGAUGUACAUAAACAUUCUUGGAUGAUUCUAUAUAUAUUUACAUUUC